AUGCUCUUGUUGGCUAAUCGAGCUCUGUGGCAGUUCAGGGGGAUGAUGCUGUGCACCUUACCUGACAGCUGGCCGCUGCUGGACUAUGCCGACUACGGCUGCUACUGUGGACUGGGAGGAUCUGGCACACCUGUUGAUGAGCUUGACAGCUGCUGUCAGGUCCAUGAUCGGUGCUACACUGAGGCCUUGCAGCACGAUGAAUGCUGGCCCAUAUUCGACAACCCGUACACUGAAAUAUACAGUUACACCUGUGACGAGGCCAGCAAGACGGUCACCUGUCUGAAUAACGAUCCCUGUGAGAAGUUUAUCUGUGAGUGUGACAGGAAAGCAGCCAUGUGCUUUGCCAAGGCAGAAUAUAAUGAAGAAAACGCCCACCUUCCUAGCGAUCGCUGCAAGUAA